GACUGGAGGGCUAAUGAUGGAGGGGGGCUAGUAACAAGGGGGGGGGGGCAAGUGAAAGGCAUUGGUCAGGCACAGCAUUUCUGUACGCAAAUCGUGGCAGCUGAUGGUGUGCUUUCUCUCUCAGAGGCGAACAAUGGUGUCCAACUCCCCGUCCCCCUUACCUGAAAGGGCUAUUUACGGUUUUGUCCUAUACCUCGGCUCGUGGUUUGGAUUCAUCCUGUAUCUCGUGUGGGCUUAUGUUCCCGAGCCUUGGCUGCACUCCGUGGGACUCACUUACUGGCCGCAAAAGUACUGGGCUGUGGCUUUGCCCAUCUAUCUCCUCGUUGUUAUCGUCAUUGCUUACAUGUUACUGUGUGGGAUCAACAUGAUGAGUACGGCCCCACUGGGCUCCGUGGACAACAUCACAGAUAACUACGCAAUGAACCAGCAGAGGAAACCAUAUGUGAAAGGAGCGAUCCCUGGCUUUGAGGACGUCUCUAUCAGCGAGGUUAAUCAAAUGUUCUUCCUCUCUACGCCAAGCGAGUCGGCUGGUGAUCAGGGUGACGUGUGGUGUUCGACGGCUGCUAGGAAUAUAGAUUAGCUCGAUUGCCAUUCUUGGCCUGCAGAUCGAGAUUUGAUGCUGGGGUCAGGGUGGGAGGGAGGGGAGGGGAAGGGAC